AAUAAUACAGAGGCUCCCACUGGAGAAAAAUUCCCAAUUUCCUCUUCGAGCGAUUGAUCGAAGAAGAUUUGAAGAACAGGAAAUAAAAAGCCUGAAUAAUCAAUUCAGAUCAUCAUCAUCAUCAAGCAUUUGUUCUUAUCGGUUGAAGAUAAUUUUCAGGGCGAGGUAGGAAAUCAUUUGUGGAGAGAGAAAAGGGUAUCCAUCUUUCCUUCUUUUCUGGGCUGCAAUGGCGGGAGAGGAAAGGGUGAAGCUGUUCGUGGGCCAAGUGCCGAAGCACAUGACGGAGCCUCAGCUCCUCGCCAUGUUCAGAGAGUUCGCUCUUGUGGACGAAGUCAACAUUAUCAAGGAUAAGGUCACGCGCGCCUCCCGAGGUUGUUGUUUUGUGAUAUGCCCGUCAAGAGAAGAGGCGGACAAGGCUGUAAAUGCCUGUCAUAAUAAGCAGACGCUGCCUGGGGCAUCUAGUCCACUGCAAGUGAAGUAUGCUGAUGGAGAGUUGGAAAGACUAGAGCACAAAAUAUUUGUUGGCAUGCUUCCGAAAAACAUUUCUGAUGCUGAGGUGUCUGAUCUAUUUUCGGAAUAUGGAACCAUUAAGGACUUGCAGAUUCUCAGAGGUUCCAUGCAAACUAGCAGAGGCUGUGCUUUUCUAAAAUUUGGAACUAGGGAACAAGCAGUUGCAGCAAUAGAAGCCUUAAACGGAAAGCAUAUGAUGGAGGGCUCAACUAUUCCGCUAGUCGUCAAGUGGGCCGACACAGAAAAGGAAAGACAUGCUCGAAAAGCUCAAAAAGCCCUCGCACAGUCUUCUAAUGCUCCAAUUGCAGACCUCAGGCAGCGUCCAUCAAUUUUUGGUGCUCUACCAAUGGGUUAUAUGCCUGCAUAUAAUGGAUAUGGUUAUCAGACUCCAGGGACUUAUGGACUCAUGCAUUAUCGGGUGCCACCAUUGCAGAACCAACACACAUUUUCCAAUUUGGUUCCACCUUUCAACUUAGCAAGUGGCAUGCGUGGAGUUGCAUCCGAUCUUUCAUCUGGAAUGGUACAGAGAAAUUAUGGAGGUUAUAUAGGAUCUGCUUAUCCUCCAACACAAUACUCUGUAGGACUUGUCAAUAGUCGCCAAUUUAGUCCCACAUCACCUUCUGCUGCCGAUACUCAGUCUGCAUCAUUUUCGAGUGUUGGAACAAGUUCCGGGGCUCAGAUUGAAGGGCCACCUGGAGCUAAUUUAUUUAUUUACCAUAUACCUCAAGAGUUUGCGGAUGAGGACCUUGCGAAUGCCUUUCAGCGUUUUGGUAGGGUAAUGAGUGCUAAGGUUUUUGUCGACAAAGCAACUGGCGUCAGCAAAUGUUUCGGUUUUGUCAGUUACGAUUCCCCGGUGGCAGCACAAAAUGCAAUCAAUGCUAUGAAUGGCUUCCAGUUAGGUGGCAAAAAGUUGAAGUUUGAGCUGAUUAGGAGGGUGGAUAUGAAAAAGUCGUGCUUUUUCCGUCCUCUCGUGGGACGAAGUCCCGCUAAGCUGCAACUGUUCAUUGAUUCAUUGAUGCCGUACUCGUAG